AUGGUCCAGACCUUCGACCCACGAAUUCCUUUCGGGUCGAAGCUUACCCAGAUUCAAGCACAGCUGAACGGGUUGGACACGACGCAGUGUGCGCAAGCAGCCUGGCACUUGCAUGUCAUGACGUCAAGACUUCGGAGGUUGGCAGGGGCUACGAAUGCACAGAUAUCUGACCGGUUCCUGCGACUAGAAGCCCUCGUAGCCUCCUAUGUCACUGAAGAGGUUGAAGUGCCGCUGUCCUUGCAGGUUUGGAGUGAGGGUCAACUCCGUACGUUGAUACCGUAUCUCAAUGGGGGAAGAACCCCGGAGAGUGGCCUGACUGAGGGUAAGGUGGAGAGGCCGCGCGCGUGCCUGGCAUCUGUGGCAGCUUCGUCAACGGACGCCGUUGAAGUCUUCAACUCGUCCGAGGUUGCAGUGGAGCCGGAGUACAAGGUCAAGAGAAACUCAACGGGAGAAUGGGAAGCUGCAACUGAAGAGGAGGCGGCAAUGCUACGUGAACAUGACAGGGAAAUCAUGCAGGAGGCCGUGGAGCAAGAAGAGGCGGACAGAAAGGCCUUCCAGGAGUACGAGGCAAGCCUCGCCCAGCGUUGGGAUGACUGGGCAAUUCGGUCCGAACUGGAUCGAGAACGUCCCCUGCCAAGCAGAAAGAGAAUCCGGGUGACGGUGUGUGUAGGAUCGGCAGGAGGGCAGGAAGUUGGCACAGCGAACAUUGAAGGAGUCAUUGACCAUGGCCAGCAGCCUACCGUGACGUUCCAGGUUGAAGAGACACUGUUGGCAGGGACGGAGGGCGCGCUGAGCGCCGAUAGAGGACCUGGCUUUGUCUCUGCGCAGGCGGCGCCGCAGCUGGCAACGUUCCAUAGAGACCACGUCCCGGGCCUCUCCGAAGACGCGGGUGCCAUCACGGUAGAGGAGGUUGAUGCCAGGUUCGGCACUGAAGUUGCAGAGGUUUUCCAGUUGUGGGUUGCAGUGCAGGAUGAUGUCGAUGCGGCGGUCAGGAAUGUAGAGGACAUACCUACGCUAUCCGGCUCAGAGGAGGGCCAUGACUCCGAGGCUUCCACCAUCCCAGCUGGGGAUAAGCCAAAGGCGGACGUCCCAGAUCUGCUACCGGUACGUGAUCAUCCAGUGGAAGGAAUGGAGAACUUGGCG